CAUCCUGGUGCCUGGACACCAGCGUUUCUCCUUCAGCAUCCCAGGCUGAGCCCUGGUGGCUGCCCUUGGCAUCUCCUGCCCACCCGUGGGCAGCAGUGGGACAUGUUCCCCUGCCUGGGUGGCCUGAUCCCAGUCCCUGGCAUCCUCCUCCGCCAGAGCAGCCGGGAUAUUAAGUGUCAUUGCUGCAGGGAGAAAUGCAAGUAGAGGAAUCCUGGGAAACUGGUUUUACCCCUCUGUCCGGUGCCGGCGGCAGGACGGCGGCAGUGGUGGUGCUCCUCCCUCGGCAAAGGCAUAUAAUACCUGCCGUGGUCCCACAGCCGGCACUGCGCUGUGGGAGGCGGCCAGUGGUGCAGGCAGCAAGUGAUGGCCUCCAUGGGGCUGCAGGUGCUGGGCAUUGCCCUCUCCGUCAUCGGCUGGUUGGCCUCCAUCCUCUGCUGUGCGCUGCCCAUGUGGCGGGAGACAGCCUUCAUCGGCAACAACAUUGUGGUAGCCCAGAUCAUCUGGGAAGGGCUGUGGAUGAGCUGCGUGGUGCAGAGCACGGGACAGAUGCAGUGCAAGGUCUAUGACUCCAUGCUGGCGCUGCCGCAGGACCUGCAAGCCGCCCGUGCCAUGGUGGUGGUGUCUAUCAUCUUGGCCAUACUGGGCACCCUGCUCGCCAUCACCGGUGGCAAGUGCACCAACUGCGUGGAGGACGACACCGCCAAAGCCAGGGUCAUGGUCCUCUCUGGCAUCAUAUUCAUCAUAUCCGGCAUCCUCAUCCUCAUCCCCAUCUCUUGGUCAGCCAACAGCAUCAUCCAGGACUUCUACAACCCACUGGUCACCAACUCACAGAAGCGGGACCUGGGGUCGUCCCUCUACGUGGGCUGGGCAGCCUCCGCACUGCUGCUGCUGAGUGGGGGGGUCCUCUGCUGCUCCUGCCCGCCCCGUGGAGAGAAGCCCUACUCUGCCAAGUUUACAGCCGCCCGCUCGCUGCCAACCAGCAACUAUGUCUAGGAGCUGCUGCGCCUGCCUGGACCCGCCGAGUUGCACCAGGGAGCUGGGACCCUCCUGGCCGGGCUGGGGACUGGCGGGGAGCCGCGCCGCUGUGAGGACGGGCAGACAGAGCUGCCUUUGUUCCACGGGGGAUUGAAGCUGGUUCUUUAAUCUCAGUUGAGUCGGGGAACAAGGAGAUUCUGCCCUGGUUGCCCACCCCGGUGGGGGUCCCACUCCCCACACAGCGCCCAGCGCGGCAUCUUCUCCAAGGCAUCACCCGAUCCCCUCCCUGGAGCAUCUCCCGGUAUCGGGGUGUGCCGCGUGGUGACGCAGCUCCCGGGGCCAGUCCUGCAGGUGGCACAGGACUCUCAAUGGGUAAAACCUCCCCUGGGAUGCGUCCCUCGUGGUGGGGUGGCGGUGAUGGUGGGACGAAACCUGUCCCAGUGGUCAUGGGGACAUGGCGGCUCUGCAAACCCCGGCAGGGUUUUGAGGGGCAGCAGGGGCUCUCUCCUGCCAGUACCCUGCGUCGUGACUGACCUACUUUUAGGGCUUGCAGUGGCUCUACUGAUGGGAUUCUCGCAGCAGCUCCCUGGGGUGGGAGCAUUAUUAUCCUGGGAGUGGGAAGGCAGUGGCUGGGCUGGGAGAACCAGUCAGGGAGUGGAGCAGGGCUUUGCACCCGCACAGAGUGGGAAGACUCCCCAGCCCAGUCCUGUGGGGUGCACCCAGCCCCUUGGUCCCGCUUGGCAUUCCCCAAGUGGGGUGCUCGGGCCAGGCGUGGGUGGCUCAUGGUGCUCCCCGUCCCUGCUGCCCUCCAUCCCUUCCCACAUUAAACGGUAGCUCCUCAGA